AUGGCUCCUGUUUCUGAUUCUGAGAUGGAGUAUGAUGUGUUGGGUAUAUGGCCUCUUAAAGCCCCUAGCCCUGACGGCCUGCAAGCAGUGUUCUACCAAACUUGUUGGAAGAAUACUAAGAAUAAAAUUAAGGACCUAGUUAAUGAUUUCCUUAUCAAUAAUGUUCCUUUGCAGGAUGUCAAUCAUACCUAUAUAGCCCUUAUUCCUAAAGUUAAUUCCCCUGAGACAAUUCAGCACAAAACCACUUUAGGUCGUUACCUUGGCAUCCACAACAUUAUCUUUUGGAAAGAUCCUGCUAAUGCCAAUCUUUUGAUUGAAAGAAUUCGGUCUAAGUUUGCCAGUUGGAAGGCCAACACUUUAUCUAAAGCUGGCCGUCUCACGCUAAUAAAGGCUAGUGUCUCUGGAAUUCCUAACCAUACUCUUUCCUGUUUUAAAUGUCCCAGAGAAGUUUGUAAGGAAUUGAAUGUUUGUUGUAGACGUUUUUUCUGGGGCAAUGACAAGAAGGUUCCCCCAGUUUCUUGGAAAGAUGUUUGUCUUCCAAAACACCUUGGGGGUCUAAGGGUUAGAUCUGCUACUCUUUUUAAUAAGGCGGCUUUAGCCAAAUUAGGUUGGAUCUGCUUGACUGAUACUACCAAUUGGUGGGCUCAUAUCAUGACUAAAAAAUACUCAAAAAGAGACUACUUCCUGUUUGGCAGAAAAAAGACUUCUCAGUCGCUUUCCUGGAAGGCUAUCCUUGAUGCUCCGUCAGUUUUGCUUAAAGGUUGUAGAUGGAUUGUUGGAAAUGGUCAAUCUAUUCCCUUCUGGACAACUAACUGGGUGUUCCCUUUUCCUUUGCUUGAUUUAAUUCCUGAGUUUUUGAGACAUAACUUGAAUUUGAAUGCUAGAGUGGCAAAUUUUAUUCAGAACCAUGCUUGGCAAAGGGACAAGCUCCUUCAAGUAAUUGAUGAAGAUAUUUUGGAUCAAAUCCUUUCCAUUCCUCUACCUCUAUCUGCUCUACAUGAUAAGAUGAGCCCUCACAUCCGAGAACUCCUUUGUUGA